UCUAAAUCUUAUCUUGGAGAAGACGACAUCAACAGGAAGACUAUUGCGUCCUCUCCGUGUUCUCUACAAGAAUCCCCAAAACUUCGCCAGCUUGCAUCUCCUCCAUCUCCGCGAACUUCCACUCCUUUCCCCCAUGUCUGAAAAUCUGUUCUUUCUCAAACUUCUCUUCCUCUCUAUCCUACCCCUUGCGUCCUCCCAACACAACGAGUUCAUCUUCACCGGUUUCUCGGCUACCACCGCUGGCGGUGGUGGCGGAUCCAACAACGUAAGCAGCGGUGGCGGCGGAUCCAACAACGUAAGCCUAAACGGCGUAGCUGAGAUCGACAAUAACGGUAUCCUGCGACUUACUAAUGAAACCAGCCGCCUGAUCGGCCGCGUCUUCUACCCUCAUCCCCUACUCUUCAAAAAUUCCUCCGCCGCCGACGUCGGUGGCGGGAGAGUAGCUUCUUUCUCCACGGCCUUCGCCUUUGCCAUCGUACCGGAAUAUCCGAAGCUCGGCGGUCACGGCUUCGCUUUCGUUCUCGCAACAACUCAAAAGCUUGCGGGAGCUCAACCGAGCCAAUACCUCGGCCUCCUCAACUCCUCUGACAACGGCAACGCCACUAACCAUGUCUUCGCCGUCGAGUUCGACACCGUGCAAGACUUCGAAUUCUUCGACAUCAACGACAACCAUGUUGGCGUCGACGUCAACAGCCUCGUCUCAUCCAAAUCCGCCGCCGCUUCGUACUACGACUCCGGCGGCCAACCGAUUCCCCUCAAUCUCAAAAGCGGCGACACAAUCCAAUCCUGGAUUGACUACGACGGCAAAGCUAAACUUCUCAAUGUCACACUCUCCCCUUUCUCAUCCAAACCAAAAACCCCUCUUUUUUCCUUCCCCAUCGAUCUCGCGCCGGUUCUUCAAAACGAAAUGUAUGUCGGCUUCUCAGCUUCAACUGGAUUGCUUGCAAGCUCGCAUUACCUUUUCGGAUGGAGCUUUAAGAUGAACGGCGUUGCCGCAUCCCUCGAUCUUUCUUCUCUCCCUUCUCUCCCUCGACCCUCCGACAAAAAAAGUCCCACUUUUAUCGCUGUUUCGGUUUCCCUCUCCGUCAUUAUCUUCGUCCUCAUCGCAGCUGCAGUAGCUUCUUACGGUUUUUAUCGUUACAAAAACAGAGAGAUAAUCGAACCAUGGGAGCUUGAGUACGGCCCGCAUCGAUUCACUUACAAAUCCCUCCGGCGAGCAACGAAAGGCUUCCGCGACCGCGAACUCCUGGGCGCCGGCGGCUUUGGUAAAGUUUACAAAGGCGUCCUUUCUUCCUCCGGUGCCGACAUCGCUGUUAAACGAAUAUCCCACGAUUCAAAACAGGGGAUCCGUGAAUUCGUAGCGGAAAUCGCCAGUAUUGGCCGACUCCGACACCGAAACCUCGUCCAGCUCCAAGGCUGGUGCCGGUAUAAAAGCGAUCUCCUCCUCGUCUAUGACUACAUGCCCAACGGCAGCCUCGACCACUUCCUCUUCCAGUCCUCUGCGGCUGCGCCACCGCGGCCGGUGUUGACGUGGAACGACCGGUUCCGUAUUCUACGCGGCGUGGCUUCGGCACUUCUAUACCUUCACGAAGAAUGGGAAAGCGUGGUCAUCCACCGCGAUAUCAAGGCAAGUAAUGUUCUCCUCGACGCCGACUUUAACGGCCGGCUAGGAGACUUCGGCCUCGCUAAGCUGCACGAGCACGGUGCAAAUCCGAGCACGACGAGGGUUGUUGGGACGCUCGGAUACCUCGCGCCGGAGUUAACGAGGACAGGGAAAGCGACGGCGAGCUCCGACGCGUUCGCGUUCGGAGCUUUGGUGCUUGAGGUGGUUUGCGGGCGAAGGCCUAUAGAGCCGAAGGCUUCGCCCGAGGAGCUUAUUCUUGUGGACUGGGUUUGGGAGAAGUGGAGUGAGAAGCAGUGGCGGGAUGUUGUCGAUCCUAUGCUCGAAGGCCGUUAUGAAAUGGAGGAGGUGGAGGUUGCGAUAAAGGUAGGACUUUUAUGCUCCCAGCCCAUUCCGGCAGCGCGGCCGACGAUGAGGGAGGUCGCGCGGUACCUUGAUGGUGCAGAUACGACGGAGGUGCCGAAUGUUCCGGCUCCACCGCCGGCGGAAUUGUACGAUGGCUCGUCGGCGGUGAAGGAAGGGAUGGGGUUUGAGGAUUUUGUGCACUCGUAUCCCUCUUCGUCAUUUGAAAAGGUGUCGGCUUCCUCCCCCGUCACCGGACCCGUCGACGGAGGGUCUCCGGGUCCGGCCAGCUACAUGCGGGUCCCACUUUUCUCCGUAUAGAUAUUUAUCACGUAAUUUUCGUUUGAUAAAAAUGCAAAGUAAUGUUUUCAAAGAGACGGUUGGCUGCUCAUGCAGUAAAAUAAAAUUUUCUUUUCUGUCAGAAUAUAUAAUUUUAGAAUAAAUUAAAACUAAUUGAAUAUAGUUGCAUAUUAAUAAGAAAUUAAAUAUGCAUCAUCUG